AUGUACAUUCCUCAGAAACGGGACACUGGCAGUGGAAGUAAGAAUCACAUCUUCAUCAUUAUCUUUGUGACCAUUAUCUUCUUCCUUGCCCUUUGUGUAUGCGGCUUCUUUCUCGCUCGAUAUCUACGCCAACGCCAUUAUAACCCGAAGUAUAUCCCCGGAAAGGCCUUGAAGCGGAAAUGGCAGCAAUGGUGUCCGGGCGGCAAGGCAUCAUACGGUCAGGUUCCCAGCCAAACCGCCGCCAAUAAUGACCAGGAUACUUCGUACCGCGGAGGCGGCGCAAACCCCCCAGAGAUGACAACGACCAACAAUGCGGAGGUGCGGCGGGAAACCUCUAUUCGGUCGGUCAUCACGUUGCCUGCCUAUUCCGCCAAUCCGAACCCAACCGAGCAAGUCGUUGCACGCGAAGGUGAGCGGGCUGGUAUGGAUAUGGUUGUGGAAUUCCCAGAGACGGCCGAAGAGGAAGAGGCUCGCCGUGAAGAACAGAUGGAAGCGCUCUAUCAGGUUCGCCUCAACCGUCGCCAGGAACAAGCCGAACGAGAUGCCCGUCGCGAAGAACGUCGCGCCGCAAGAGCUCGUGGUGACAGUCUCCGGCUCGCCCAAAUAGCUGCCGAAUCCCGGGUUCGAAACAGCAACCGCCGAAGCGGCAAUAACAGCAGUUCAUCCUUGAGCGCAUCUGCCGUGAUAGCAGAGAAUCAGGCUCGCGAACGGGCACGUCGCAUCGCGAGCGUGAGCUACGCUGAUCUCGGCCAUGUCCGCCACGAUGGAUCCCGGCUUCGCGCGGACUCUGCGAACUCGGAUCAUCGCCCGCUGCUCCAAAAUGCCGCCGGAAAUCCCUCGUCGCCGUCGCUAGCCGAUCAGCAGGAUGGCGGGAGCUCGCGCAUUCAAUCCAUGGCCUCGUCUAUUCGAACCGUUGAUACAGGUGGUGUCGAUCUCGACACUCUUACGCUAGUUCCAACCGUGACUCAAGGCUCGAGUCGUCCCGCUUCUCAAUUCGAAGAGGCUGAUCUCGGCGACGUCAACAUCCCACCGCCCCGGAAUAUGAGCAUCUUGAUUGGGGUGAUGCCCCAGCCUACGAGGGUCCGGACCAGGCUGAGGCAAAUGCAAAUCACACUGUAG